GCGCACCUGCAAGUCAAUGCUAUAUAUAUACUGCUUCGUUCUUUGUCGCUCUCUUUAACAACGCGACCGCGAGGGCGGCGCAUCAUCAACGAACUGCUUGUGCCCUCCUGUUGUUACCUUUCGUCCUUCAAAGGAAGACAAGAAAGAAGGAGAAAACAAUGGACCCCAACAGCACUGAGGUCUCCCCCGCAGGGACCGGAGAUCACCACCGCUACGACAACGUGAAGUGGUACCACGCCGUCAACUCUCAGCAGCAACUCGUCGAGGCAGCGCAGGAGAUCACACGCCUGUUCUACGGUGAAGAUCCACCGUUGCGCAGCGGCCUCACGCCAAGCCCGUCGACGUCCUCAGCGAGCGGCGCGCCGGAAUUCGUGCGUGGGUCGUCGCCGUCUACUAAUUUUACUACCAAAUUUACACCGCUGUGUCGCGUCUUCGGCAUUGAGGCGGACGUGCAGUGGCACCCGGCCGUAGAGACCGCAGUGAUGCGGCAUGACUCGGUGGUGCUGCCCCCUGCUGAGGCAGCAGCACACGCCGCCGGCUCCCCGUCCUCCUCCCUUCGCGAGGGCAGCAGCGGCGAAGAUUUCUUCUCGCUGGAGGUGUUUCUGUACACGGUAGCGCAGGCGGUGCAAGGGUGGAAGUCGCGUGCCGCCGCCGCUGCCGCCACCGCCCCAUCAGGGCCGCUGCGCGUCAUCGUCAAGCUCGACUUUAAAGCUGUGAAAGCCGCGCAGCUCUUUCUGACGCAGGCGGAGGGGCACACCUGGGCCGGGUUGGAGGCCUUGUGUACGUCCUCCAUGUCCAACCGUAGCCGUCGACGCCCUUCGCUUCGGUCAUUCAUCUCCCCGCGAUUAGACUCGAGCACCAGCGGCUCCGUCACGGCAGCAGCAGCAGCAGCAAGUGCCACGCCAGCGCCUUCGUUUGGUGAUCUCGCGCUACCGCCCCCCGCGGUGCACGUGGAGUUGUGGUGGAACGCGGACGUCGUCGCGCAGCCCGGCGCGACCGUCGUAUCGACUUCCUUCGCGGCGGCGCCGGCCUGGGCGGUGCAGCAGCUGAUGGCCCGCACCGCCCAGGCACUGGGUCAUUGUCUCUCCUUCAGCUUCUCCCUUGGCUGGGUGCUGUGCCCGCGCACGGUGCCGGCGGAGGCGCUGGCGGUGGACGCUGCGUCGCACAACAACCGCCGCAGCACCCCCAGUGUGAACAUCUCGUACAGUGAAAAGGACGACGUCCCGACGAUGCAAGCCUUUUUGGAUGGACUGGCGCUGGCACUGGCAGGGGGGCUGGUGAGAGACGCCAUCGAGGAGGCGGCGACGCGACCCCAUCCGCACGAGCAGCACGGCGGCACGGCGCACCAGGUGGCACGGCCACCACCGGCGCUGACACCGGCGCACCUCUUCGCUGCGUGUGUGCGCUGCGUCACCUUCCCGAUGCUCUUUGAGUGUGUCUUUGCGGACUCCUACACGGAGCAGGAGAAGGCGCAGGCCUUCAGGGGGUCUGCCGUCGCAGCAGCGGCAGCAGCAGCACAACGCGACUCUCUGAGUGUCAUGCCUCUCGCCUCAGCGACGGCGGCGGCUUUGGCGGCUGCGGAGAGCCGUCGCGUCGCAUCGGCGGUGACCGCACACGCGCUGGAUCUCUUCUUCCGUCCACAUCGGGAGGGCGGCGUCAACGCAGAUCUUCGUGAGAGCACGCCAGGGUCCGGCUCAACUGCUGCUACGCCGGACUCGUGCUGCUUUCCCACGUUUUGGAAGGCGCUGCGCCCGCCCACGUCCGCUGCGGGGGAGUGGCAGGGAGAGGUCAACAAAGCAGCGCGUACGUACUUUCCUUACUGUACGAUUGACGGAUAAUGAAUAUAUGAAAGGGUGCGGUCUGUAACGGAGAUCAUCACCGGAGCUGCUUCAUCGCGUAUGGCCUACGGUGGCUACGAGAGCGCUUCUUCUCCUGCUGUUGCUCCUUUGUUAUUAGAGUUGUUUACUUAUAUAUAUGCGCUCGCGUAAUUGCGUUCGAUUUCCUCUCCUCCAUGCAAGCACGUGUGAGUGGAGGGGUGCAUGUGCCUCCGCGUCCUUCUCUCUGUGUGUGUCUCUCAGCAAUGUGAAACAAAACCAAGGCAACCCUUCCACUCCCCUGCCUCCUCCCCGAAUUGCACGUGCGAGGACCGAUGCGCGUGACAGCGCAAGUUGAAACUGUGCGCCCCUCGCCCCUCUCACUAUCAUCGCUGCUCAUCGCAACGGUGCGCUACACGUUUUAUUAUUCAUAUUUUUAUGGACCAAA